CUCAGUGUUCGUGGCGUGCUCGAAGUGUUCCAAGAGCAGACAGUCGAUGUGCGCCAUUGUUAAAGGGAAGGGGAUUGUCGGUCCUCCCAAUAUAAUGCGCCGUUUCUCGCGGCCGGUGACAAGAUUUGACUUUAAAAGUGAUAUGAGAAAAUAAUGACGAUCAUUUUAUUUCUUAUUGACACUAGUGCGUCCAUGAAUCAACGCACAUUUAUGGGGACAAGUCUCAUGGAUGUUGCGAAAGCCGCAGUAGAAACAUUUAUGAAGAUAAGAUCCCGCGAUCCAAAUAGCCGAUGGGACAGAUAUAUGCUUCUGACAUUCGAAGAUCCGCCUGCAAAUGUGAAGGCUGGGUGGAAGGAAAGUCAUGCUACAUUCAUGUCGGAGUUGAAAAAUCUUCAUGGCAGUUGUUUAUCCAUGAUGGGCCCUGCGAUAAAAAAUGCCUUUGAUCUGCUAAAUAUUAACCGAAUGCAAUCUGGAAUUGACACCUAUGGGCAGGGUCGCAGUCCCUUCUAUCUGGAGCCAGCUGUGAUAAUAGUGAUAACUGACGGAGGACACCUGACAACUAACAACGGGGUCCACCCUGAGCUUAACCUGCCAAUGAAUAAUGUUGUACCAGGCACCGAACUGACUAAAGAACCUUUCCGCUGGGAUCAGCGAAUAUUCAGUCUUGUUUUGAGAUUAUCGGGAAGUGUCCCACCAGAAACACCAUUUACGUUCAUUCCGAAUGCUGAAACCCAUCCAAUUGAUGCAAUGUGUGAAGUGACAGGAGGCAGGUCCUAUGCUAUAUAUACACAGAAGAUGUUGAAUGCUGCUUUGGAGUCACUGGUGCAGAAAGUUCAAAGUGGUGUGGUAAUCAACUUUGAGAAGAUAGGAAGCGAUCCACCCCCACUUUCUGAUGGCUUGAAUUCCGAUUCUAAUGGUAAUUUGAAAGAAAAUCAAGACAUCAACAAGCCUGUGAUAAGUGACAAGGACUUGAGCAUCAUCGAAGAGAAGAAAAGUAUUCAACAGCAGCAGCAGACGAACGUUCAGAAUCUAGCGUGGCAGAACUGUCGGCGUCUGAUCUACGUUCCGCGGUCAGCACAGAAGGGAUACUCUGUUGGACACUGGCCUAUUCCAGAAAGUUACUGGCCGGACCCAAGCAGUCCAACCUUACCUCCCCGUACCGCACACCCAAUUGUUCGAUUCUCGUGUUCACCAUGUGAUCCUAUUGUGAUAGAAAAUCUACCGUUUGACAAAUAUGAACUGGAACCCUCCCCUCUGACGCAGUAUAUUCUAGAACGGAGGCAGCCCAACUCCUGCUGGCAGGUGUUUAUUGGCAAUAGUGCUAAGUUCAGUGAUAUUUGUCAUCCGUUUGGAUACUUGAAGGCGAGCAGUGCUUUGUCCUGUGUCAACUUGUUUGUGAUGCCAUACAAUUUCCCCAUCCUCCUACCACUACUGGAGGAAUUGUUCAAAGUUCACAAGCUGAAACCCACCCCAAAGUGGAGACAGCAGUUUGAUAACUACCUAAAGACAAUGCCUGGUUACUACGCUGGGCCACUGAGACGGGCUUUGGCUAGAAUGGGUGCGUCAAACCUGGUUCCCGAUAACAUGGACAACUGUCUGAGUUACAGCAUCAUCACCUACCUCAAGAAGCUGAAAAAUCAGGCGAAGAUCGAGAUGGACAGAUUGAUAGCGUCUGUUGGUCAGGUGCCUCCCGCUACCGAGGGCAUUAAGGUGGACUCGAGGACAACGACAUCAUUCGUGGAGAGGAAGGAUUUUAACCAGCUGAUGAAGAACAUGGGCAGCAACAUGUCAGGGCUGAAACAGGAACUCCAAGAAUACAGCUCAUUCACGAUCGCCGUCGCCGAUAAAGAAAUCAAACCACAGUACUAUAGAAAUCCCUAUGAUAUACCUCGAACGAGUCUGUUAGACCAGAUAACGAGAAUGAGAAUGAAUUUCUUGCAGUCCUCGCACACCAAUACCAAGGUUGUUGAUGAAGACCAGCUUCACAGUAUACCGGUGCAACAGAUGGGAAACUAUCAGGAGUAUUUGAAAAAGCUGCCCUCCCCGUUGAGAGAGCUGGAAAGUGCCCCAGUUCGAUUGCACAUGUUUGGAAAUCCAUUUAAAGUUAAUAAAGCGCAACAGAACUUCAUGACGGAUGAGGUGGAUGAUGCGAUGUUUGGAACACAGCAAAGUAAAAAACGGCCAGCUGAACGCCCCCCACCGUCGCCAGGACCACAGAAGAGAAAACCAGGACCUCUACCUCGUGAUAUCCCAAUCCGACGUCCGAUAACACCACCACCCACACCUCCGGCAUCCCCUCUUCCUACAGAAUCUCAAAUUGAAGAACCAUUGGAGAAUGAAGCACCAGUUCAUGAUGCAAUAGAAGAAAAUGGAGAACUACUCAUUGUGAUAGAUGAGGAUUCCCCACCUAAGAAAAGUGAAAGGAAGAGUGAAGUGGUGAAGAGUGAAGUUGUGAACAGCGUGAUGCCGAAUCACACGUUGAAACAAGACGGUGAGGAGGUGAACAGUGUGCACUCGAAACUUGUGAACAGUGUGGAGCGAACGAGUCCGUACCCCACCACCAGAUUCACCAACAAGAAGAGAGACUCGCAGCUUCUCCUCGACAACACAAAGUUACGUGAUGUUCUCUGCAAGGAAGUUAGAAGACCAGGAAGAAACUACGAGAAGUUAUUCAACACGCUAACCCUGAUGCAAGGCAGUCUGGAGAUCCGUUGUUUGUUCAUCAGAGACAUAAUCAGAGAGGCAACCCGCUUCAAAAAGAAAUUGCUUAUUCGAAUGCUGGAGGACUUUGAGAGGAACUUGGUUAACAAUGCCGAAUCGUCACGAUGGACAGCCAAAACCUACUCAACGUCACUAGCCAGGUGAUGGCAGCUUUCUGUCAAUCAAAGCGAGUUCUGUGUUCUUACAAAGGCAGCCAGUUUAGUGCGACUUGUUUCCACUGUGUGGGACCGACACUGAAUAUUGGUACUGUCGUAGCUGGGACAGGACGCAGCCCAGUGGUGAAAGCGAUCACUUGAUGCGCGGUCGGUCUGAGAUCGAUCCUCGUCGGUGGGCCCAUUGGGCUAUUUCUCAUUCCAGCCAGUGCACCACGACUGGUAUAUCAAAGGCUGUGGUAUGUGCUAUUCUGUCUGGGAUGGUGCAUAUAAAAGAUCCCUUGCUAUUAAUGGAAAUAAUGGCAGGUUUCGUCUGUAAGACUGUCAAAAUCACCAAAGGUUUGACAUCCAAUAGUCAAUGAUUAAUAAAUCGGUGGGCUCUAGUGGUGUCGUUAAACAAAAACUUUAACCAUCACAGCUACAUGUGUAAUGUUGCUACAUAUCUUGACACCACAAGUAAACAACGAUAAUCAAAUUGUGUCAACAUGUAACUUAGUUAUAACUGAUCAUAAAGCAAUUACAGACCUUAAUUUAAGACUCUGCUGGGGUGUCGUUAAACAUUCAUUCAUUCAUUCAUUCAUUCAUUAUUUAAGACUUACGACAAACAAAUACACUAACGGUUAAUUCUGAGUAAUAAAUUUAAAUGCUAGAAAAUGUAAAAGUAACUGGUUUAGCAAGUCCCAAUUUAAAUUUUAAAUGAAACAUAUGUGUAAUGUGUUAUGCAGUGUUAAAGUUUUAUGAACUUUUACAAACUUGAAUAGUGGUAAGUCAUUGAAAGAGAAAACUUUAAUAAUUAUUUUCUCUAAUUCUGUCGGCCAUAUUUGUCGUUGCGACAGUACCAGUAUCCGAUGGCGGUUCCAUACGGCGGUUACCCAACAAGUAAACGCUGAUCAGCAGGAUUGAAUCGGAUACAACUGUCUAUGCUACUUUCUUACAUGACCCAUUAUAUUUUGCAUAUCGGGCAUCGAAAUAAGUGGAAAAGCUGUCGUUCUAGUUGUCAGGUUACCAUGCGUCAAGAACUGUACUUUGCUCUCCACAAAAUCUAGUAAAACUAAAAGUACACACCCUACAUUUUGAUCAUUUGAGUGUUAUUUAAAUACACAUACAACAUCAGUGCAGUGAGAACCGAUAUAUGAAUGAAUACUUUUAUCCUGCAGCCACUAAAUUGUUUCUAUCAGCCGGUUAUGACGACCAAAUUAAAGCAUUAAAGUCGUAAGCCUAUACUAGCAGAUUGUGACACUUAACGUCACGUGCAUAGCUACAUUACAGAAUUGCCCAUUUUACCUGCACAUCAUCGUACAGUGUAGCUGAAAUAAUAGAAAUGAUUUUCCCUUUAAUUUUUAUGGACUGCAGGAUAAAGUUAACAACUAGUUAAUGGCAUAGGAUACCUGCUUUAUCCUGUUCAUUCUUACCUUCACAGAAUAAAGCCGAUACCCUAUGUCAUUAACUAGUUAUUCUCUAUAUAUCAGUGUGUAUGUGAAGGGAUUUUAUAAUGUGAAUAAUAAUAAUAAUAAUAAUGGAAAUGCAGUUGUGUUGUAACCUGUAGGUUACCAGGAGGUUACUAACCUCUCACAACUUGAGAGAGCUUUGUCACUUGGGCUUCAGGAGCUCAUUUCACAAAACAUCGUAAGUUUACGUCUGCGACUAGCAGUUAUACCAGGCAUACAUUUAUAAGUAUUUGGCACCUAUUUCACGCAGAAAAU